AUGUCUCACCCUGCCAAUUUUCGUUCACUAUUGCAUAGAAUUGCUCUCUCUGAUAUCAAAGCAGUUAGUAGAUAUUACUGUAAUAAAAACGAUGAAAAUAUAGAUGAAGAACAAAAAAGAACUGUUGACCCAUCAAAAGAUAGAACUAAAAUAAUUCCUGUUGAAACUAGUAUUAGAUAUCUUGAAAGUAAAGCUUACGGAGAAACAUAUGGUAAUAAUCCAGUGUGGAAACUGUAUAGACGCAACCACAAAGGCGGAAUACCUCCUCGUAAAACUAGAAAAUCCUGUGUGCGAGGGGGUAUAAUAACGACUGGAAAUCCAUGCCCUAUCUGUCGGGAUGAGUACUUAGUUCUAGAUCACAGAAACACAAAGUUGCUACAGCAAUUUAUUUCAGAAUACACGGGUCAGAUCCUGGAACCCUUUAACACUGGAUUGUGUCAAAAGAAACAAAAAGAACUGUUGAUUGCAAUUGAAAGAGCAUGGGAUCAAGGAUAUCUGACAUAUGACAUACCUUUUAGACACUAUGAUUACUCUUUAUACAUUAAAAGCAGUAAU